UAAAGCUGUUCUGACUGUUUGGUCUGAACAAUCACAGAUGUUCAGAAGAGUCACUCUCACAUGUGACAUACAGGGAGAAAACUGGAAAUACAUAUUCAGCUGUGGAGAUAAAGAGUACAAGUCUGAGGAGAAAGAGUUCAGGAUCACUGUAGAGUCCACACAGAGAUGCAGGUGUUUUGGCAGGAGGCGAUCAGGCACUUCUAGAUGGAGUAAUGAAGUGACUCUGACUGUGUCGGUUCUUUCAGCUCUUAAACUGCUCAGUUUUCUACUGGCAGCUUUUCCAUAUCUGCUGGUGUCCAUUUUACUGGGAGUCAAAUGCAGAGCUCAUGCUCAAGCUAAUGAAGUCGAUCAGCAUGUUGUCACAGAGGAAUGAAAGUCUGCAAUCCUGAUUUAUCCAGAUUUUUUUAAUUAUUUAUCAUUAUUCAGCUUAUAAGCCAUAAAAAUAAUGCCAAAACAAUGCUAAUCUACACCCUGUCAACUACUGUAGCUUCUUUUUAAUUGUAGUCUAUGUUAUAAAUGUUUUCAGUUUUGUUAUAGGCCUAAAUAAAAUAAAAAUCCAUAUGUGGUUAUUAUUGUUUCAGGUCAAAUCUUGCUUAACCUGAAAUCUCAAAUUAGCAGUUUUUGUGUUUUGUGAA